AUGGGUGUUCGAGCAUUUUUCAAGAAGAGGUCACUCAAAGUGUCGGACGACAGGGUGACCAAAGCCGCAGACCUUACCUUGCGCGAGUCUGUCUGGCCCAUCGCACUUGUCACAGUCUUGUUCUUCCUCUGGGGCUUUAGUUAUGGUCUCUUGGACACUCUGAACAAGCAUUUCCAGGUGACUUUGCAUAUUGAUAGAGCCAGAUCUGCUGGACUGCAAGCUGCCUACUUUGGUGCAUACCCGCUCGCUUCUCUCGGCCACGCCGCGUGGAUCCUGCGACACUACUCCUACAAGGCCGUCUUCAUCUGGGGACUCAGCCUCUACGCGAUCGGCGCCCUUAUUGCGAUUCCAUGUAUCAAGGCAAAGUCCUUUGGAGGUUUUUGUGCCGCCAUUUUCAUCAUCGGCAAUGGUCUUGGAUCUCUUGAGACAGCUGCCAACCCUUUCAUCACUGUCUGUGGCCCUCCCAAAUAUGCCGAAAUGCGAAUCAACCUAUCACAAGCCUUCAACGGUAUCGGCUCGGUCGUUGCACCUGUUCUAGGCUCUUAUGUGUUCUUCAACUUUGAUGAUGAAAAAGCAUUGGCAAAUGUGCAGUGGGUGUAUCUUUCCAUCGCUGUCUUCGUCUUGCUUCUCGCCACUCUGUUCUUCUUCUCAAACAUCCCUGAGAUCACUGAUGCCGGUACGUUUUCAAUGCCUCAAGCGAACUUCAAGGUCUUCAAAUCUGACACCAGUUACUUAAAUCUAGAUAUGGCUCGACAAGCCGAAUCCUCCAACUCGGACACUCACGAUAAGCCACUGCGAAAGCAAUACCGACUCUUCCACGCCUCCUUCGCACAGUUCUGCUACUGUGGCGCUCAAGUGGGUAUUGCUAGCAUGUUCAUCAACUACGCCACCGAAACGAGAAAGAAUACCAGUGAUUCCACCGGUUCCAAGCUCUUUGCAGGUGCACAGGCUGCAUUUGCUGUUGGUCGCUUCUUCGGCGUCUUCCUCAUGAAGUACUUCAAGCCUCGCCACAUCUUUCUCGUCUUCCUCAGCAUGUGUGUUAUCUUCCUCUGCCCUGCGAUUACAGAGAGAGGUGAUACAGGAAUUGCCAUGCUCUACGUGGUGCUGUUCUUUGAAUCCAUCUGUUUCCCAACAAUUGUCGCUCUUGGCAUGAGAGGACUCGGCCGACACACGAAGCGCGGUAGUGGCUUUAUCAUUGGUGGAGUUAUUGGUGGUGCUUGUGUUCCUCCUCUUACUGGCGUGGCUGCGGACAGACACGGCACGGGAAUGGCCAUGGUUGUUCCUUUGGCAUUCUUUGUGGCUGCUUGGACCUUUCCCUUCUGCGUCAAUGUUCUUCCUGGAUACAAGAAGGGUAUUGAUGCUUUUGAGAACACUCACAACGAGCCAUCUAGUGUUGCCGAGUGGGGAGAGAAGGGCAGCGAGGAUGAGCAGCGCCAUGAGACAGUGGUUGGGGAGGUCAAGGCCUGA